UCGGGGCGGACCGGGAGCCAUGGGCCGCGUGCCGGGGCGGGCGGCGGCGCUGCUGCUCGGGCUGCUGCUGCAGAAUGCAGAGGCCAAAAAGCACUGCUGGUAUUUUGAAGGACUCUAUCCCACGUACUACAUAUGCCGCUCCUACGAAGACUGCUGUGGCUCCCGGUGCUGCGUGCGGGCCCUCUCCAUCCAGAGGCUGUGGUACUUCUGGUUCCUGCUGAUGAUGGGCGUGCUGUUCUGCUGCGGAGCCGGCUUCUUCAUCCGCAGGCGCAUGUACCCCCCUCCGCUCAUCGAAGAGCCCGCGUUCAACGUCUCCUACACCAGGCAGCCCCCAAAUCCUACUCCAGGAGCCCAGCAGCCGGGGCCACCGUAUUACACGGACCCUGGAGGACUGGGGAUGAAUCCCGUCGGGAAUACCAUGGCAAUGGCUUUCCAGGUCCAGCCUAAUUCACCCCAGGGAGGCAUGUCCUACCCGCCCCCCCCUUCCUACUGCAACACGCCGCCGCCCCCCUACGAACAGGUGGUGAAGGACAAGUAGCAGACCCGCGGCGAAGCGGCUACGUGGACGAGGGGCUGCGGCGCCUCUCCCCAUCCGCACCGGGACUUGCUAGCAGGGAUGGGCCCCGGGCAAAUUCCUCUUUGAUAUCUUCAGAGCAAGCCCAGCUCUCUUUCAAGUUUUUCGUGGAG